AUGUCUACAUUCUCCACGUACGACAUAGCUGUGCCGGUCCUUACCCGCGGACUCCAGACAUUUGACCACAUUCUACACAAGGCCGAGGCCCACGCGAAGGCCAAUGGUAUUGAUGCUGACUCGGUCUAUCCCUCUGCACGCCUUGUGGUAGACCAGAAUCCGCUCGUUUUCCAGGUGCAAAACGCCACAAAGACUGUCCGCAACUACGUCAUCCACCUGACGGGCGAGGACAUUGCUCCGUUUGUGGACAAUGAGAAGACAAUUGCCGACUUGCACACCCGCAUCAAGGCCGGCCUUGCUCUGCUGAAAAAGGUCACUCCCGAUGUCGCCAAUGGACGUGCUGAGAGCCAAUCGGCCACCUUUAAUCCUAGUGGUUCGCAUCCGGUGACCCUCAAGGUCAAGGACGCCGUGCUGCUCCAGGCCCUUCCAAACUUCCUCUUCCAUCUAACAACGGGUUACUCUAUUCUACGUGCGCAGGGCGUCCCUGUCGGCAAGGCGGACUUCAUCUCCAACUUCAUUGGUGUCCCGGGCUUCGAAUAA